UACUAGCGCUUAGUGCAAACACACACACUCACACACACAUUUAAUAAACUCAGAGAAGAUGAACGCGCCGCCGGCAUUCGAGUCGUUUUUAUUGUUUGAGGGGGAGAAAAAAAUUACAAUAACAAAGGACACCAAAGUGCCAAAUGCCUGUUUAUUCACACUGAAUAAAGAAGACCACACGCUGGGAAACAUCAUCAGAUCACAGCUGCUGAAGGACCCUCAGGUGCUGUUUGCUGGAUACAAGGUUCCUCAUCCACUGGAGCACAAAAUUGUGAUCCGGGUCCAGACAACGCCAGACUACAGUCCUCAAGAAGCCUUUACAAAUGCAAUCACUGAUCUGAUUAGCGAGCUGUCCCUGCUGGAGGAGAGGUUCAGGGUUUCCAUUAAAGACAAGCAGGAAGGAAUUGAAUAAAGGAUACAGCUGUGUCUGACUACGGAUGUCCAUGGGUGACUACUCCAGCCUCAUAGCUGGAGAUUAUAGUGUUCACUAUGGUGUGUCUCUUUCAGCGCUGGUCUUCCCAUGGUGAAGUUAACAAUUUUCCCCACAAAAACUGUUGAAGCUGUCUGUGAGCUCGUGUUCAGUUUGAAUAUUAUUGUGUUGACACAAUUUAAACCCUUUGUAUUGUAAUGCUUUAGUGAUUUCUUCUUUUUUUUUUUUCUUUUUGCCAAAUGUGUCUGGUCUUUGCAUACUCUUUUGCAACUAAAUCAAUUAUGUUAUCUUGAAUAAAUGUAAAUUUGAUACCUGGA